AUGGAAAUCAAUGGCAAAACUGAAAGAAAGAAUCAAACAAAUCUGAAAGAAUUCAUCCUUUUGGGACUGUCAGAUGAUCCUAAACUCCAGAACCUGUUCUUUGCUAUGGGGCUGUUUGUCUAUGUACUCACUUUGACAGGGAAUCUGACCAUCAUGGUUUUGAUACAGGCUGACCAGCACCUCCACACUCCUAUGUACUUUCUUCUGAGUAACCUGUCUUUUACUGAAAUCUGCUACAUCACCACCACCAUGCCAAAGAUGUUGUCGGACCUCCUGUCAGAGGACAAGACCAUCUCCUUUGCUGGCUGUGUGCUCCAAAUGUACUUCUUUCUAACCACAGCUGCCACUGAGGGUGCCCUACUCUCCGUCAUGGCAUACGACCGCUAUGCUGCCAUCUGCCACCCAUUGCGCUACACCAUGCUCAUGAGCCAGCCUGUCCGCAGGUGGCUUCAGGCAGCCUCAUGGGCCAUUGGAAAUCUCAAUGCCAUUGUCAAUACAGCCUUUAUCUUCUCCCUGAACUUCUGUGCUUCCAAUAAAAUUAUGCAUUUCUUUUGUGACAUCCCACCUGUCCUGCAUCUUUCCUGCUCUGAUACCUCCCUUGCUGAAUUAGUGACUUUCAUCAUCUCUGGUAGCAUCAUGAUCACAACAGUCUCCUUAAUCAUCCUCUCCUACUUCCUCAUUGUCUCAUCUGUGCUCAAAAUCCAUUCAGCUCAAGGUCGGAUCAAGACAUUCUCCACCUGUGCUUCCCACCUUACAGUAGUAAGCAUCUUCUACAGCACUGCCCUCUUCACCUACAUGCGUCCCUCCUCUAGUCAUUCCAUGGAACAGGACCGUCUGAUCUCUGUAUUGUAUACCAUCAUCACUCCUUUGCUGAACCCUCUAAUCUACAGCUUCAAGAACAAGGACAUGCAAACAGCAUUUCUGAAUGUUCUUGGAAAGAAAGCACAUUGCCCACUCUGA